CACUUGAAGUCUUUACCAUUUCAAGUCCAUUCCAGAUCUCGAACCAUCGAAUGUCCUGAAGCCUUUCUCCUCGUGUCUCCGCAAGUGUUUGCUGGACUGUCUGCCUUGUCUGGUCUAUCAUGGUACAGUCCAAUAAAACUCCAUGGACUGUGAUAGGUAUUUCGUGCAUUCCUUAGCAUAAGCUCACCACCGACCUGUACCAUCGACAUAAAGAGCAGCCGCCAGUGACCCCCACUCUGGUCAAAAAGAGGAAAAGGAAAACCUUGCCAGCCCAGCGCAGCCCCACUUGCACCGCUUUAGAUGCUCGGAUUGUGAACAUUCUUCCUCCUUGUGCGUGCGUCCGUGCGGUCAAGAGUGGGUCCACAGCCAUUUCACAGAAGUAGACCUGGACCCAUGUUGAUCUAGGACCUGACCACCACCCUCAUAUUAUCUCGACCAUCGUGAAGCCAAUUGGAAGAUUGUCAUUUGUGACAAUCUUCUCACGAACAUUUGCACGAAACGCAUUUGUCGAAGCGUGCAAUAUUCAAUGGAACGGUGACACACCAAUCAACGCCACGAAUCCUCCAUCUCCAAGUUAUCGACGAACUCAUGAACGAAUAAAAACGCACAACGUCGAAAUCGAUAAAUACAUGCGUCAUCCGUCGUCCAUCCCGACGACAGGGUAUGGGAGACUGUGCUCUCUCGGCCGAUGCCUGGAAACGGUGGCCGCAUGGCAAGGGAAGACUUCUCUUGCAGAUUCCGGAGCUCACAGCUUCAUGGAAUGUUUACACUUCUGAACACCCAUCAACGAUCUACGCGCUCUUCACUGAUUCCGAGGCUCGCAGCUGGUUCUCCGUCUGGGGACGGGGGAGGGCACCACUGCAGGGCAAGACGAGGGUCGGUUUCCUCCAGACUGAAGGUCAGAGAACAAUUUAUUUUGGCACCCGGAAGGCGAGGAUGGUGUCCAGAUGGAAGGCACUCCAUAUACGACGAGAAGCUCGACCUCCAGAGAUAGCCAUGGCCAGCGACUCGGCGAGAUUCGGCCCACCAACUCGCUGUGGGAAGUUGGAGCAGCGAACCGCAGUAGUACAGCGGCGGGGGGAGAAGGAGGUAGAGCGAUGGCCGAAGUGGCCGAAUUUCUUAUUCUUCUUCAUCCCCACAGAAGAUGCCUCCCUCCCUCCGGGUGUCAGAUUCGGACGCGCUGCGGGAUGCUAUUGCUCACACCAUUGACACGAGGACGAGGAGCUCGGUGAAGGAGAUAGGGAGAGGCCCGUGUGCAUGUCGACUCAUCGGAUCAGAGUGGCAGCAGCAGAGUGAUGCGCUGACCUCAGCGCGAGAGCCCAAUAAGCAAACGAGUUGACCUGUUCGUUCUCCUCGGCCCCGAAGCCACCCAAACACGACACGAGGAAAGGCUCGACAAUUCUUCUGGCUUGAUUGAAGCACAAACAAGAUCCACAGGGUCGCAAAGGAUUGGGAUCAGAGAGGAGAGGAGGAGAAGAGCGCAGGGAUGGCGAACUCGAGCGAGAAGCAGGCGGAGGCGGCGAAGAAGCAAGGCAACAUCUACUUCAAAAAGGAGAAGCUCGGGGCGGCCAUCGAGGCGUACACGGAGGCCAUAGCGCUGUGCCCGCAGGUGCCCGUCUACUGGACCAACCGAGCUCUGUGCGAGCGCAAGCGCAAUGAGUGGGAGAAGGUGGAAGCCGACUGCCGUAAAGCUCUGGAGCUCGACAAUAAAUCCGUGAAAGGCCAUUACAUGCUGGGAUUGGCCCUGCUUCACCACCAGCAGUACGGGCGAGCGGUGGCCGAGCUCGAAAAGGCUUUGGAUCUCGGCCGAGGAGUCACCGCCGGCACCAGCUACAUGGUGGAGGAGAUCUGGCAGGAGCUGGCCAAGGCUCGGUACACGCAGUGGGAGGAUAGCGCCACCGCCAGACGCCAGCAGCAGAACCAGCUGCAGUCGUAUCUGCACCAUCUCUUGUAUCUCGACAACCAGAGCAAGCUGAAGGAAAUCACCAGCGUCAUGACUCCCUUCGAGUUCCUCGAUCCCUCCUCGGAACAGCUGCAGGAUUGGCGAGAUUGCAAGCCCCAGGAAGGGGAAGAACGAAUUAGACUCCCCACAACUGACGAGGAUGAGGGUAGUUCUGGACUCGGGGAAGAACAUUGCGGUGCUCCGGGAGUUGAAGUCGAUGGACGUAGAGAUGGAGGCAGUCUGUACCCUCCAAUCUAUGGACAGACUGAGGAGCACGAGCACGAGCACGAGCAAGCGGACGAGCAUAAACAUGAGCAGCAGCAGGAGGUGGAGGAGGAGGCUGAGGAGCGAACAUGUGAGCUUGCAGGAGAGGAGGGUGGAAAACGAGUCGAGGGAACCUCAGGGAAUCAUGGCAUCGGGGAAAGCAAACCAGAGCGAAGGAGGAGUACAGAGCCAGCACGAUUCGAUCCCUUGAAUAAUAAGUUCUCUUUGCAGCGUCGAAAGUCUCUGCAGCUUCGCGUCGAUAAGCUUCUGAAAACAGCAGCAGAGGAUGAGACGAAGGCAGCCAGCAGCAGCAGCCGCAGCUGGGACGAGGACAAAACCUCCUACACGAUUUAUGAUGUUUUCAAGGUUUUCAAGGAAAUGGUGAGACUGCAACAGGGCAAGGCCGGACAAGAACUUCUGAGGACGACUGAACUAUACGAGCGCAGAUCCAAAGCUCUCGACGAUCUGUUCGACAAAGUUGCAGCUCCCGACAUCUCUGGGGAGGUUCCCGAUCAUCUGUGCUGCACGAUAACCAUGGAGAUUUUCAGAGACCCCGUUAUGACUCCCAGCGGCAUAACCUACGAAAGGGCUGCGCUAAAUGAGCAUUUGAAGAAGGUCGGUCACUUCGAUCCGAUUUCAAGGGCACCUCUUUCACCGCAACAGAUUUUUCCCAACUUGGCAGUCAGAGAUGCGGUUCAAUCCUUUCUGGCUGAGCACGGGUGGGCUUACAGGACGUAGAAUGAUCAGUCGACCACCUGCAACUCCAAAUUUUCUAGGUCAAGCUAAGCAAAAUCUAGCACGAGAUUGUACAGGAGGAAGAGACGAAUCUGCUCGAUCACGAAAAUCGUAUCAGUCUAUUAUUGCUUGUAUAUAUAUCCUCAGAGAAUGCCGAACAGGAAAGAAUUAUUUCCAGCUAGAAAUUUCGUUUUGCUUCAUUAGAUGGUGAGAUUUUUGUGCUUCAAAUUGGGCUAUGGCCAAGGAGUGUUGCUUUGAAAUCAGGGUUCCUGUGGUCGAACGUGGUGGAGUAGGAAAAUUAUUUCCUGAAAUGUUGUAGAUGGCUUCGACAUUUCAGAUACUCUUUCUUCUAUUGGAUUACGUGUUGGGUGAUAAAGAGCAUUAUCUGCAUACAGAUG